AUGGCCAAGCGCAUAGUGCAAGGCGAUCAGAUCGUCAAGCUUAUCGUCGGCGCCGGGCAGGCCUCUCCAUCGCCUCCUGUAGGUCCAGCAUUGGGAAGUAAAGGUGUGAAGUCCAUGGACUUCUGCAAGGAAUUCAACGCCCGCACCGCAAACUACAUCGUCGGCACCCCCAUCCCCGCCCGCGUGACCGUCCGCCCCGACCGCUCCUUCCACUUCGAACUCCGCACUCCACCCACAGCCUCCCUCCUCCUCUCCGCCGCUGGCGUGAGUCCCAUCAAAAACAAACUAAAAGGCGCCGGCAACACCGGCGGCCCCAAGUCACGGGCAGAUCUCGCCGCAGCAGGGAAAGCGACAUUCACAGGAAGCGCGCCACCAGGAAACGCAGGCUUGGGCACGGUGGGACAGGUCAGUCUCAAGCAUGUGUACGAAAUCGCAAAGAUGAAGCAGGCGGAGACGAGGUUAUCGGGAAUCAGUCUGGAGGGAAUGGUGAAGAGUGUAGUGGCGCAGGCUGGGAGUAUAGGAGUUGCUAUUGUGCCUUGA